GACACUUUCUGACGUUUUGACUGGAAAAAGUUGUUUUGCAAUUUGGUGGGAAAGUUUGUGUGCUGGAAAAUGCCGAAAAACUUGAGAAAUGGGAGUCUCCAUGGUGCCAGUGGGGAGGAUUCAGAUGAUUCCGAUCCGUGGGACGAUGAAUUGUUGAUCAAAGCUUACGACGAGAGUAUCCGUCUGGCCAAGGAAGAUGUGGCUAAGAAAGUUGCUUCAGCCACCAAUACGCAGCCUGAUAAUCCUCCGAGUGUUGAUGAAUCAGCUGGUAGGCGUUCCCUUGCAUGGCAUCCGGUAAAAUACAAAGUUGGUGACUUUGUUCGAGCAAUCUACCGGGAGGAUGGGAUGGAGUAUGAAGCUGUAGUUGUGUCCACAAGUGGUGGUACAGGGAAAUGCCUAAUCAAAUUUAUUGGGUAUGAAAAUGAGCAGUACGUCCCGGUGGCAGAGCUGAAGGAUUCUCUAGGAGGUGAAGCACGAAUGGAACAGAUUGAGGCAUCACUUGGCUCUUCGGGAACUGCUGAAGAGGAAGAGGCUCAAUCUGUUGCCUCUGAGGAACCAGUAGCCCACUCUUCCACAUCAACGAAACCCUCAGAAGAUGCCUCCGAACCACUCCACUCACUUCUCAAUGCUGGAUCCUUUGUUCCGCCCAUGUCGCUUCAUCCACCACCCCUGCCACCCUUUGCAAAUGACUCCACUGAGGAAGGAAAACAUCUGGCUGCUAUGCUUAUGGCAUGGUACACCAGUGGCUACUACACGGGACUCUACGAUGCCCACAGGAUGGCCCAGAAGCAAAAAUCAGAUGCCAGGAAUACGAAAUCUUAAAAAAUCGCCUGAAUUCCAGUGAAUUUGUCUAUAUUUUCUAUUAAAAAAAUAAAUCUGCACACUAUCCGAUUGGAUUUGAGAA